AUGCUCAGGAGGAAAGUGCUUCUUAGUGAUACGGUGGGAUUCAUUCAGAUCUUCCUGUGCUGGCCACUCAUUUUGCAGUUAGUGGAAGCUUUUCAGGCAACCUUGGAAGAAGUUGUUGAAGCUGACCUCCUUGUGGCAAUUGUUUACAUGCCUCAAACAAUAAUAUCCGAAAGCAAUAAGGAAUUAGAUUUGCUGAAGCGUCAAUUGGAAGAAGCAUUGGAACAAAAUGAAGUAGAUAAUGUGGAAAUAGACAAAUUGAAUCAAAAGCUUGAACAAGCAAUGGAGGAGUUAAAGGAAGCUAAUCAACAAAAAAAGGUUAUCCUCGCCCUUACCCAAGAGAAGCAAAGCAUUUUAUUAUUGGUUGAAGUCAAGGAAAAGGAACACAAGAAGCAAAUGGAAACAGUAAAUGUUCUUGUACAUGGGCUGUCAAAAAUGAUUUCUGAUUUUGAAUGUCUAGUAGCAGAGGAUAUCCGAAAAAAUAACAUCAGGUUGGAACAUUUAAAUCCUCAAUCGAGUUCUCUUAUCCAACAAGCUUGUUUGCAGUCAGACAUGGAUGAACUCGUAUCACAAAUGCCAGAGUCUUCUAUGCAAUCUUCAUCUGCAGUAGAUGAAGUUUUCACUCAAGUCAUGGGACCGGAGCAACCUGGACGUGUUAGAACAUAUGGUUUUGGACCAUCUCCGAGAGAUGUGUCUGGACAUAAAAAAUCAGAAGAGAUGCAAGCAAUGCAGUCCCAACUAGAUGAGCAAUUGAGUAGACAUAAGGCAGAGAUGGAGGCUAAGCAGUUAGAGAUGAAGACUCAACAGGCACAAAUCAAGAAGCAAAUGAGUCAGAUGGAAGCUAAGUUUGAGGCUCAACAAAGACANGAUGGAGGCUAA